AUGGUCGUGGUCGACAAAUAUGGUCGUGGUAAUAUCCUACAUGUACAUAUUAUCAAAAUGAUGAACAUUUCGAAGAGCUUUGCCUUGUUUGCAGUUUUCGCAAUUACCUUUACGAUUGUCGUGAUUGAAGCACGCCCACAGAACAAUGUUGAAACGGCCCAGAACAUGGGCUUGGACUCGGUCGAUACUGAUGUUGAUGACUUGCGUAGUCUAUACUAUGACCUACCAGUACAGCAAAAUAUUUAUCCCAAUUUACCAUUGGAUCGCUUACAAAUGAUGAUUGCUCAAUAUCGGCCCACAGCCUAUUUACGAUCACCCAUCGCCAAUGAUGUGUAUCGUCUGCCAGAAUCUAAGCGUCAAGUGAAAUACAGGCAGUGUUAUUUCAACCCCAUUUCAUGCUUCAAAAAGUAA